AGACGCGCAGUCGACCUAAAAUGUAUCGGACUUUUCAAAGUUUUGGGCAGAAAUCAUGGAUUUUAGUCAUUCAUCCAUCUGCAAUUUUCAUUCCUACAUGAGUAGAAAGUUUCGGUCACUGAAAAAAUUUAUACGGAAAAAUAUUACUAUUAUAUGCAUGUUCAUGGGAAUUCUGCUGGGUAUUGCAUUGGGUGCAAUUUUAAAGGUUUUCCCUGUUCCUGAGUCUGUUCUCUUGUGGAUAGGCCUACCUGGUGAACUGUUCAUCAGGUCGCUGAAUUUUGCGGUGAUACCUCUCCUUACGGGCAAUAUAAUCACCAUGUCAUCUAAAUUAAAACCCUCUGUCCAAGGUAAAAUGGCUAUACUCGCCUUGAGUUACUGUGUUGGCUUGAAUAUUGUUGCGUCUUUUCUUGGCUUGGGCAUUACGUCACUUAUCAAUCCAGGAGGCAGAUUUAUGUCCAACUCCAUAUCAUCUCAAACCAGUUCCGAAGAUCGUAAUAAAGUUGAGAUAUCUGAUGUAUUCAUGGAUUUUUUCAGGAAUAUGGUUCCUGAUAAUUUUGUCAAAAUGUUUCUGUAUUCAACGGCAACCGUUUACAAGCCAUCUGGAUCUUCGAAUACAUCUACUCCUGAUUCAAUAAACAAUAUAACAAUUAUAAAUUAUGAACGAGUAGUAGGAACUACACCACAAACAAAUAUUCUAGGUAUUCUUACAACCAGUUUGGUUAUUGGCCUAGUAGCUGGAUGUCGUGGUGAAAAAGUUCGUCCAUUAAUUGAAUUGGCUGAGUCUGUUUCUGAAAUAAUGACUGUAAUCACAGAAGUUAUUAUCAAACUUCUUCCAGUUGCUAUGAUCAGCCUCAUCGGAUAUGCAAUUGGCCGGAUGGAACGAGUUGAAGAGAAUUUCAUCGCUUUAGUCCUAUUCAUUGCAUCAUCGAUUACAUUUCAUACAAUCAUUAUACUUCUGGUUUUACCAUUAUUCAUCUUUAUUACAGUAAGACGAAAUUUAUUUCGUUUCUAUUGUUUUCUAUCAGAACCUGUAUUGACCGCUUUCAGUUCAACUAGUUCCUUAAUUGCUCUGCCACAACUUUUUCGAGUCUGUGAUCGAUAUGGUAUAGAUCCAGAUCUUGUACGUACUGUGGCACCAUUUUUAACAAGUUUCAAUGCCAAUGGAUCUGCUGCAUUUAUUGCAUCUGCAGUUUGUUUUGUAACACAGCUGGCUAGACAACCUUUGAAUGCGGGUCAGUUCAUUGCAGUUGGAUUUUUAUCUGGUAUUAAUGUGAUGGCGUUACCUGCAAUUCCAAGUGCAAGUAUUAUAACCGUCAUCCUUAUAACACGUGCAUUUAAUCUUUCUGAAUCGGCGAUAUCACUUCUCUUCGUUGUCGAAUUUAUUGCUGACCGAUUGCGCACUGUUGUCAAUGUUAUGAGUCAUGCAACUUGUGUUCUAUUUAUUCACUUGAAAUUAAAACAAAACGAUGCCACGCUGAAUUUGAUCAAUUCAUCAAGAAAUCAAGCGGAUUCAUUAAAUCAAAAUGACACAAGUAUAGAUAAUUCAGAAUCGAAUAAUGUUAUCAGUCAUAAUAUUUAUGUAAGUUGACGGUAGAGAUUUUCGCGCCUGCCCUGCCCGUGUUCUCUUCUGUUCUGUUCUAUUCUAUUCUGCUGUGUCCUUCAAUCAUUUACACACACAUAACAAUAUACUGAUUUUUCAUGUUCUUGAAACUUACUACUUAUUUCGUUGUUUUUUAAUGUGAUUUGAGUAGUGUCAUGAAUUAUUACUCAAUAAUUAUUGUAUAUCACAGAGAGAGACUUUUGUCUUCGAUAAUUCCUCUUCUCUCUUAUACAUUUAUAUACAUAAUUUUAUAUUAUUUCUUCUUUCUUUUUUUACUCAAAAUUUGAUAAAUUCUAUGACGACUGUCGGUCUAUAGAGACGGUCAAGUGUGAUAUGUACAACUCACUCACCUGUUCUCCAGAAUCUGUCUGCCUCUCUCUCUCUCUCGUUCUUUCAGUUUCAUUUUCAGUUGUUCAACUCUGUAAAUUGUUUGUGAUACAUAUUUGUGAUAAACACUGACAGUUUUAUUAGUGUGCCGUCACUCACACACACACACACGCCCGCACAUACACUGACGCCCAGACCAUCUUCAUUUGUACAUGUCAGCACUCAUCUCUCUACAUCACAUCGAAUCAAUUUUAAUGAUAUUUAAAAAAAAAAAGUAGAAUAAAAGAGAAAAUUGAUUGAAUUUGUAUUCCUUUUCAUAUAUAUGCCCAUACCAAGUUCACUUUUAACAGUUUGGGAAAAAAUUUGGGCAUUGGGUAUGUAAUAUUCAUUAUAAUAAAGAAUCUUUUUGUAUUUCCCAAUGAAUGAAAAACAAAAUGAUAUUGUUUUUACUGACAUUUCGCUAUUUAGUGGUUAUAUAUAUAUUACAUUCAACCUCUGCAUUUCAGACUUAAUU